UCAUCUUCCUCUCCGUGCAUCUUUCAGCACCCACCUGCCUUCCCCUGCCCCUUAUGUGGAGCGAUACUGUCCUUGGAAGCGUCACUGGAAGAGGAAGAGAAAGAUCAGUGAAAUCAGAUGAGUUGCAAACAAUCAAGAAGGAAUUAACCCAAAUCAAAACAAAAAUUGACUCCUUGCUAGGGAGACUGGAAAAGAUUGAAAAGCAGCAAAAAGCUGAAGCAGAAGCUCAAAAGAAACAAAUGGAAGAUAAUGCUGAUUUGAUUCAAGAGGAAUGCAUAUCAGAGAAUGCAGAUAACUCUACAGAAGAGCCAAUUGAAGGAGGGCCAGAUGCAGAUGGGGAUGGAGAAGAGAUGACUGAUGGGAUAGAGGAGGAUUUUGAUGAGGAUGGCAGCAAUGAGCUGUUUCUACAGAUCAAGUGAUGAGAUGUCCUGUGUGAACCCCCUGAAGGCUGAGAAGAGAAACUCUGACUUCCCCACAGAAAAUUGUGAACUGCAGUUUCUUACUGGC